GGGGGUGAGCUUGGCCGAAACGCCGUGUCACUACCCGAGGGCUUCUCUCUGAUGCCCGCUGGUGUCUCUGCAGGGUGAGACAAAGCCAAAAUGACAUCAGUGCCCGCUCGGCUCCCAUCCUAUGGGUGUGCUGGAGAGCUGCGUUCUCCUCCUGUUGGCUGGAAGGCGACAUCCUUCAGUAGGGAUGGAGGACCCGGCCUUGCAGCAGCGAGCGGGUGCGUCCCAAAGCCACCUGUGUUUGUUUUUGCGGAGUUUUUGGCCACUCCAUGCGAACGAGGAGGUGCUUCAUUUUGGACUUCAUUUCGGAGUUUUCCUUCAUUCCUGGGUGCUUAGAAGUGACGGGCGGCGGAAAAAAAAUUGAAAUACGGGAGAUUAGAGAGUUUGUGGCAUGGUGGCUGCUAACACUUUGCAAGAGAAAAGACAGGAGAGGGCUCAGCGCCGCUGCUGGAUGGGUCGUGCUGCCACAGCCACCUUCUCCACAUCAGCUUUGGGUCAAGGCCUGACAACCCAACCUCUGGCACAUGCAGCCCCAUGCAAUGAUUAACUUCUUCCAAGCCCGGAACCGCUCCAUCCAUCCGUCCUUAACCUUUCAAGGGACUGCUGGCUCCUGGAAGCUGUCGGUGAAUGUGAUUGAUGAGCAGUGGGGCUUUGCAGGCACCCACCGUCGCAGGUGCUAUUGUGAUAGUGAGCAUCCCGUCGUCUUGAGGUUCUGAAGUCUGUGCGGUUUCUGUGCAGUCUGCUCAGGGCUGUCAGGAGGACGUCGGUUUGAGAGAUUUAAAUUCACUUCAGACAUGCAAAAGAGGGUAUAUGAGCAAUACGGCGUCACCAUGAGCGGGGUGUUGAAAAGGAAGUAUGAAGAGCUGGGGGAUGACAGCACCUACUGCUCCUCCUCCUCCUGCUCCCCUCUGUCCUCCUCGGCGUCCUCGGGCUGGGACUCGGACGAGGACAGCUCCCGUGGAGACAGCAAGCCCAGCUCGGCUGUCACACCUGGCUUUACCCCCACGUCCAUCCUGAAGAAAUCCAAACGGCUAAAGAAGAACAACGUGGAGUUUGACCGGGUCACUGUGUUCUACUUCCCGCGCUGCCAGGGCUUCACGAGCGUGCCGAGCCGCGGGGGCUGCACGCUGGGGAUGGUGAGCAAGCACAGCUCCUCCCGGCAGUUCACGUUAGCAGAGUUCUCCAAGGAGCAGGAAAACGUUCGUCGGGAGAAACUGGAAGAGAAAUUGAAAGAGGAGAAGUUGGAAGCCUUGAAAUGGAAACUCACCAUGAACGGCACGAAGGAGUCGGAGGAAGCCAACCAGCUCACCAUUGAGGACAUCUCUGACGACGACAUCGACGUCAGCAACGUGGACCUGGAGGACGGCUUCUUCCUCCAGCCCUACCCGGCCAAGAAGAGGCGCGCGCUGCUCAAAGCCGUUGGGGUGAAGAAGAUCGACAAGGAGGAGAAGCGGGAGCUGCACAGCAUCCGCCUGUCCCGGGAGGACUGCGGCUGCGACUGUCAGGAGGUCUGCGAUCCCGAGACCUGCAGCUGCAGCUUGGCAGGCAUUAAGUGCCAGAUGGACCACACCUCCUUCCCCUGCGGCUGCACCAAGGACGGCUGCGGCAACACGGAGGGCAGGAUCGAGUUCAACCAGGCCCGGGUGCAGACCCACUUCAUCCACACCAUCAUGAAGCUGGAGCUGGAGAAGCAGCAGCAGAGCAGCGAGGGGGUGGCAGAGGCUGAACCUCCCUUCCGGGAGCGGUUGCCUCAGCUGGGCUGCGCAGCGGCAAAGGGGCCCUUGGAAGAACGCGCAGCGCCACUGGUCCCCGCCUUCCAGUUCAGCCCUGAGUUGGAAGCCCUGGGGGAGAACAGCUGCAGCAGCGACAUGACGGACUCCUCCAUCUCCUCCCACCCCAGCGAGGACCUGGAGGAACCCUAUGAGAGCCUCCCCUCCGACAAAUCCCAGUCAGACGUCGAUGACGAUGGCUUGGCACGCAUCCUCCACUUCAACGAUUCGGAUGCCGAGGAGGAGGGAGAUCGCUGCCAGGACAACCUGAGCUGUUUCCACCCUGCCGACUUCUUCAUUGAGGACCACGGCUGUGAUGCCAAGCCCGGCCUUGGGGCGUCAUCCCACCUCUCUGAGUGCCUGGACGAGAAUGCCAACCAGGACAGUGGCGGGCUGCUGGAGGAGGCCAUGCACGCGCGCUGUGACGGGGUGUCGUGCUGCGCUCCAGCCCCAGCUGAGUCGUGCUCCAAGAGCUAUGCCGACCUCAGCCUUUCCUCUGACUCCUUGGAUUUCUUCCAGUCCUUCUCAGACUAUAACUUGGGACCCCUUUACAACUCCUUGAAGGAGUAUGAGAACCUUGAUAACUUCUCAGCGUUACAGUUUCAGUUGCCUAAUUUCCCCGGUUUCCCACAAGCAGGAGAUCAGGGCUCCUGUUUCUUGGAGUCUCUCAUUGGUUUGUCCGAAUCCAUCCCCGAAACCCCAGCCCCUUUCACAGACAAUCAGCUUUUGGAGGACGCGAUCAAGUCAUCGCUGAUGGAAACGGUGAAGGUGUGAAGCACCCGGGUGGCUGGGGAUGCAAAGGGCUGGCAGCAUUGGGGUGCUGAAACCAAAGCCGAAGAACGGUUGGACAGGCAAGCUUUCACUUGUGCUAUGUGAAAAGGAUAAAAAAAAAAAAGAAAUAAUCAGACUUUCUGAGCAGACAAACUAUUUUUGGUCUUUAUAGAAUGUGGACGUUUU